AUAAAACUUUUUAAGCAUGAAUACAUUUCACCUUUAGGUUGUUUAACAACGUACAGUAUGGAGACAAAACUCUCUGUUAUAAAAACAAAUAAUGUGUAAUGAUGUAGAAGUAUAUAGAUCUACAUCUAUACAUAUAUGUAGGCCGAUAAUGUAUAAUGUAACUCAAGUUUGAAAGUUUUGGGCAUUUAAAAUUUUCAUCGUUUGUAAUCAUGACUUGUAAUGAAUUUGUAGUCUUGUUUUUACUCUUUAUGUCAUACUGUUUCAUGGGGGUCGAAGGCGAGAUGAGAACUCUAGACGAAAGAACAUGUGCACCAGGAUUUGUUUGUGUUCAUGGGUACUGCGACAAAUCACGAUAUUACUGUGUUUGCGAUUCUGGAUGGAAACAACCUUUUUGUGAAACCUCUGAGUGCAAAUGUGUGGACGGUGAACUUUGUGUAUUUCGAAAUGGCAUUUACCGUUGUGAAGAGGAGUCAAGUAAUUUCACAACUGACGCAACGUCAAUUGAAACCUACCAGACGUCUAAUAUGGACAAUGGAACAACAGUUUUACCAUCCAAUGUUUACUGUGUUAACAAUUCUGGAUGUGAACAUGGUGUGUGUAAACAAGGACGUUGUAUAUGUGAUAGUCAGUGGGCUGGUAAUCGAUGCGGAAAGCAGUGCCCGCGAUUUUGUUUCCCGCCAAAAGCAUGUGUGUACAAUAACGGACAAUCAUCGUGUGCAAUUACAAACAAAACUAUAAACGACAUCACAACCAAUACUGUUGGUGUUGACGGUACAACAAUUAAUACAUCUCUCGAUAGCCAAGCUAGGAAUGUAUGUUCUCAUCUUUAUGUCGCAAGAACUAUUCGUGAAAGGGAAUGUAUGCCUAAUGGGUUCAGAUGUGAUUUUGGAGUGUGUAAUGCGAUAUACUUAGCUACACAAAUAGAAAUGAAUUGUACGUGUGAUCCUGGUAGUUAUGGAGGCCAAUGUGAAAAGAAGUGUUGUCGAGAUUGCAGUCCACCCUAUGGUGCUUGUCGUCUGAAUGAGACUGGCUAUGAGUACUGUGAUUGUAACCAUGACUACACCGGGAAACAUUGUGAAAGGAUGAGACCAGUCAAAUUACCAGUAGACACUUCUUGGACAUGGUGGGUUAUUGUUGGAUCUGUUAUUGUGGUAUUUUUUCUCUUUGCCAUAGUUGGUGCGAUUCUGUAUUGUAUGUGGAGGCAUAGAGUUCUCAUGAUUAUGAAAAUUGUUCACAGAUUUCAACCGUUUGAAGACGGUGAUGAUAAGGAGUUUGAUGCCUUCGUAUCAUACAGAUCGUCAGAAGCAGAUGAAGAGUUUGUCUAUAAACGACUUUACCCUAAGUUGGAAAAAGAGAUGGGAUUUAAACUUUGUUUACAUUACAGAGACUUUGUACCCGGGGAUACAAUAGCCAACAACAUAAUAUGGGCCAUAAACAACAGCCGCCGUACAAUUAUCGUGGUCAGUCAACAAUACAUACAGAGCGACUUCACACGGUUUGAGUACCAAGUAGCCCAGACUGAAAUGUUAAAAAGGAAACAUAAGAUAAUCCCAGUACUUCUGGAAGACAUCAAUCAUUUGGAGCAUGAAAUGGACGAAAAUCUGAAAAUAAUUAUAGAAUCUGUAACUUACAUUAAAUGGCCAGGUGAAAAUAAUUCCAAAGCUUUAGACCAGUUCUGGAAACAACUACAUUUAUCAUUACCAAAGAAACAUAAACAGUCAUCUUUCUCACCUCAUAGUUUAUCAGACAGUAUUUCUUCGUUUAGACUCAGUGAUAAAGGCAGUCAAGAUAUUGUCUCCGUAUCUAAUAUAACUAAAUUCGUGAAACCAGAGAAAAAUCCACUGGUAGAAAUUCGGGACUCUGGGUCCUACCAUAGCUAUUGUGACGAUCAGGAUGAAUGUAGAAAUGAUGAUGACAAUGAUAAUUCAAGUGAAGUUCAAAUUGAAAUUGACAUAGAUCAUGUGGAAAUAAAAUGCUAAACAGAGGAGUCGGAUUAAGACGGAUAAUAGUAUAUACUGAACUGUAUGUACCAGAAGUGUUUUCAACGACGGAUUUAAUAAAAAAUCUUUUAUCAAGCUGAUGAAGGUAGUAUCGUAGAACGUUUUUCACCGAAGUUUAUAAAAUACAGGUACCGUAUGAGCGAUUUGGAAGAAAAGCUACUGUGUAGAUUUAUCAAUGAUGAUUUUUUUUGUUAACAUAUUGUGAAUUGUUUAUUCAUCGAAUGAUCGUUACUUGAAGGAUGAUUGAUACUGCAAGAAAUAGUGUAACCAUCAUAUGUGCAUGUGCUGGCGGGUGAAUUUAUCUGUGAUUUUGCUAUACUUGUAACUUAAUGCAAGUAACGUAAAUAAUAUUUAGCCUUUAUUCACAUAAUAAAAAUAGAACUGAACAACAAAAGGAACAUUUAAAAGAAUCAUGAAAAACUUCCUAGAUAAACUUUGGUAUAGCAUGAAAAAAGCAACAGAAGUAUACAGUUGUUCUAUAGUCAUAAAUCUAUUAAACGAAAACAAAUCUGUGUCAUAAAUUAAAUGAGAAACACACAAUUACUGUAAGAGGAUAUCAACUGAACCAAAGAAAUAAAGACAACAGUAGUGUACCACUGUUCGAAAGUCAUAAAUCUAUUUAGAAAAAUAAAUGCGGGUUCGAAUUAAAACUGAGGAAAACACAUCACUAUCACAGUUUUUAAAACAAAGAAACUACCGAAACACUAUGCAAUAAAAAAAUAAACGACAAAGCACCACACAAUGACACGAACUAUAAGAUAACAACUGUCAUUUUUCCUUACCUGAUACAUGACAUUUUAAGAAAAAAUGGUGAGUUGAACGCGCUUUUAUUUCAAUAUUAAACACUAUAAUGACAACAUUACGUGACAGGAAUACAGUACAAAUAAAUGCAGGAACAUUCAGAGCAGAGAAAUACACAAAUAAACAAUACAAUAGUACAUUUUGUACAUUUCGACAUGCAAAUAAAGGCUACAGUAGUAUACCGCUGUUCAAAACUCAUAAAUUCAUGAACAAAAAGCAAACCGCAGAAUAAAAACGAACACGUUAAACAACAUAAGACAGCACAAAAACGUUACAACAGAACUACGAUCUUUCUGUCACACGACUCAAUCAACGCCACAAAAAUGACGUCACAUGUAAACUUGUACAACAUUGAUACAAUUAAAGAUCAGAUUUCUAAACGCAUACAUAGAAAUGGUCUAUUUGAUAACAACUGCCAUA